CUACAAAACUUGACCCUUUCUCUCUCUUCUCUCUGUCUCCUUCUCGCAGCGCGAAGACUCCCCUGCCUGUGUCAUCCGUGCUGCUUCUUCCCCUCCCGGAAUAAUCGGCGGGUGAAUGGCUUCGAAUCAAGCCAGCCUUCUCCUCCAGAAGCAGCUCCGAGAUCUUUGCAGGAACCCGGUGGAUGGGUUCUCCGCGGGGUUGGUGGACGAGACCAACGUGUUCGAGUGGAGCGUCUCCAUAAUUGGCCCUCCCGACACUCUAUAUGAAGGAGGUUUCUUCAGUGCAAUAAUGAGCUUUCCACCCAACUAUCCUGUCAGUCCUCCAACAGUGAGGUUUAGCUCAGAGGUGUGGCAUCCAAAUGUGUAUCCAGAUGGAAAAGUUUGCAUUUCAAUACUCCAUCCACCUGGUGACGAUCCAAAUGGAUAUGAGCUGGCAAGCGAACGUUGGUCUCCUGUUCACACAGUUGAGAGCAUAGUUUUAAGUAUUAUAUCGAUGCUUUCCAGUCCCAAUGACGAAUCUCCAGCAAAUGUCGAAGCUGCGAAAGAAUGGAGGGACAACCGGAAUGAGUUCAGGAAGAAAGUUGCUCGCUGUGUGAGACGGUCUCAAGAAAUGUUAUGACCUCUUACUUUGCUUCUUCUUCUUGGUGCUGUUUUAGUUUUGUCUCCUGUAACGUAAGACUUCUUCCUGGGAGGGAGGACUUUCUGGUUGCAGCCAAUUCAUAAGCCUGUGUAGAAUUUUUCAUUCAAUGUAUGUGCAUUCAUGCAGGUUAUUUA